CUUUCAGGUGUGAAGGCGGCAAUUCAGCCAUGAAGGGGCGGUGCUGAUGGAGGAAUUAUUGACCCUUUCUCUGUUUUCCUUUUCAGGCUGCAGCGCAAUAUCCAUGUUUUCUGCCAGGUUUUUCCGUCCUUCCAGAGACCAGGAAAGGGAAAUGGCUGCAGUGGAGCCAGUUGAGGGGCUGGUGACCUUUGAGGAGGUGGCUGUGUAUUUCACCAAGGAAGAGUGGGCUCUUCUGGACCUGGGUCAGAAAACCCUCUACAGAGAUGUAAUACUGGAGAACUAUGAGACUGUGACCUCGCUGGUCCCCCUUCUCACCCUGAUGGGCUGCAGAACAACAUCCACAUUUCACUCCGGAUGGGCCCAGCCUCCUAGGGGACGGGGAAGGAAAAUGGUUGCCGUGGAGCUGGCUCAGGAGCCAGUGACCUUUGAGGAGGUGGCUGUGUAUUUCACCAGGGAAGAGUGGGCUCGGCUGGACCCCGCUCAGAGAGACCUAUACUGGGAUGUCAUGCAGGAGAACUGUGAGAAUGUGACUUUGCUGGAGUGGUUCGAAGAGUCAACUUUUAAACAGAAAGUAGGGCUCACCAUAAUUGUGGAAGAGCUGGUGCUCUGCUAUAAUCAUCGUACAACAUUCAUUAUUCCAAAGCAGCUCGACUCCACCGCAGGGGUUUGGAGAAACAGGACUAAAGGGUUCCCAGUUUCCAAACCUGAAGUGAUGUCCCAGCUGGAAUCAGGGGAAGAGCUGUGGGUCUCAGAUCUCCAGGGCUCAGAGGAAAGAGAGAUCCUGAGAGGAACCUGCCCAGCUUCUGAGGUUUCUCUCUCUGGCCCAGGAGACGAUGGGAUGGUGAGUGAGAACAAGGAGCAGAAUCCACAGCAGGAAGAUGCUGAGCACGUGGAACUGCAAGGGCGAUUACCACAAGGAACUCAAGGGAACAUGUCCAGGAGUCGUGAAGAGAGGCAGCAGGGAAACAAAUCAGGGGAGAAAGUGGGUAAAUCCAUCAGUUGUGAGGAAAAUCUCAAGGACCUCAAGGAAACCACAGCCCAGCAGAGAAUCCUCAAGGGAGAAAGACAAAACAUGUGCCCUGAGUGUGGGAAAACCUUCUCUUGGCUCUCACACCUUAUUAGACAUCAGAGAGUCCACACAGGAGAGCGACCCUAUGAGUGCGGAGAGUGCAGGAAAACCUUCUCUUGGCACUCCCAGCUUAUUGUACAUCAGAGAGUCCACACAGGAGAGAGACCCUAUGAGUGCUGUGAGUGCGGGAAAACCUUCACUCGGCGCUCACACCUUAAUGUACAUCAGAGAAUCCACACAGGAAAGCGGCCCUAUGAAUGCUGCAAGUGCAGGAAAACCUAUAUUCAGAGAUCAGACCUUGUCAGACAUCAGAGAACUCACUCAGGAGAGAGACCCUAUGAAUGCUGCAAGUGCAGAAAAACCUUCCCUCGGCGCUCACACCUUAUCAGACAUCACAGAACCCACAAAGGUGCGAGCCCUUAUGAAUGCUGGUUUCCAAUUUCCAAACCUGAGGUCAUGUCCCAGCUGGAAGCAGGGGAAGAACUGUGGGUCUCAGAUCUCCAGGGCUCAGAGGAAAGAGAGAUCCUGAGAGGAGCCUUCACAGGAGACAACGGGACAGUGAGUGAGAACAAGGAGGAGAAUCCAGAGCAGGAAGAUGCUGAGCACGUGGAACUGCACAGGGAAUUAUCUCAAAGGACUAAAGGAAACAUGUCCUGGAGUCAUGAGGAGAGGCAGCAGGGAAACCAGCUGGGGGAGAAAGUGGGCAAAUCCAUCAGUUGUGAGGAAAACGACCUCAAGGGAACUGCCACCCAGCAGAGAAUCCUCAAGGGAGAGAGAAAAAACACAUGCUCUGAAUGUGGGAAAACCUUCCCUCGGCGCUCACACCUUAUUAUACAUGAGAGAAUCCACACGGGAGAGAGACCUUAUGAAUGCUGUGAAUGCGGGAAAGCCUUCACUCGACGCUCAACCCUUAUCAGCCAUCAGAGAACCCACACAGACGCAAGACCUUAUGAGUGUUGUGAGUGUGGGAAAACCUUCACUCGGCACUCAGACCUUUUCAGACAUCAGAGAAUCCACACAGGCGUGAGCCCCAGUGAAUGCUUCUCCAGACCUGAGGUGAUGCUGGAAGGAGGGGGAGAGCUGUGGGUCUCAGAUCUCCAAGGCUCAGAGAAAAGAGAGAUCCCGAGAGGAACCUGCCCAGCAGGUGAUGGGAUUGUGAGUGGAAACAUGGAGCAGAAUCCACAGAAGGAAGAUGCUGAGCACAUGGGACUGCGCAGGGGAUUAUCACAAGGAACUAAAGGGAACAUGUCCAAGAGUUGUGAAGAGAGGCAGCAGGGAAACCACUCAGGGGAGAAAGUGGGUAAAUCCAUUAGUUGUGAGGAAAAUCACAUGGACCUCAAGGAAACGACUGCCCAGCAGAGACUCUUCAAGGGAGAGAGAGAAAACAUAUGCUCUGAAUGUGGGAAAACCUUCCAUCGGCGCUUAAAUCUUAUUUUGCAUGAGAGAAUCCACACAGGAGAGAGACCCUAUGAAUGCUGUGAAUGCGGGAAAGCCUUUACUCGACGCCCAAACCUCAUUAGACAUCGGAGAAUCCACACAGGUGCGAACCCGAGUGAAUUCUCAGGGUUUCCAGUCUCCAGACCUGAGGUGAUGUCUCAGCUGGAACCAGGGGAAGAGCUAUGGGUCUCAGAUCUCCAGGGCUCAGAGGAAAAAGUGAUCUUGACAGAAACCUGCACAGGUGAUGGGAUGGUGAGUGAGAACGAGCAGAAUCCACAGCUGGAAGAUGAUGAGCAUGUGGAACUGCGUGGGGGAUUAUCACAGGGAAUUAAACGAAACGUAUCCCCACUAGGGGAGAAAGUGAGUAAAUCCAUCAGUUGUGAGGAAAAUCACAAGGACCUCAAGGAAACCACAGCCCAGCAGAGAAUCCUUAUGGGAGAGAGAAAAAGCAUAUGCCCUGAGUAUGGUAAAACCUUCCCUCGAUGCUCACACCUUAUUCUACAUCAGAAAAUCCACACAAGAGAGACAGCCUAUGAAUGCUGUGAGUGUGGCAAAACCUUCACUCGGCGCUCAGACCUUAUCAGACAUCAGAGAACCCACACAGGCACUAGCCCCUAUGAAUGCUGCCAGUGUGGGAAAAUCUUCCCUUGGCACUCACAGCUUAUUGUACAUCAAAGAAUCCACACAGGAGAGAGGCCCUAUGAAUGCUGUGAGUGCAGGAAAGCCUUCACUCGGCGUUCACAUCUUAUCAGACAUCAGAGAACCCACACCCAAGAGCGACCUUUUCAAUGCUGUGAGUGCGGGAAAACCUUCUCUCAGAGCUCAACCCUGAGUAGACAUCAGAGAAUCCAUGCUUGUGAGAGGCCCUAGGAAUGCUAUAUUUAGCCAGCACACUGUGAAGGAACUAUUCAAGUUGAAUGGCCCAUCAAAGAACACUGAACUCACAGUGUACCUUGGAAGACUUCUAUCCAUGCCUGAUGGAUUUUCCUGUGAACGUUCUAACUAAAGAAAGUAUGGGUAAUGGCCUCCGCUAUAACUAAGCGAAGCAGGCACUGACAUGUGACUUGCCCAUGUGACUCCAAACCCCAUCUUGUUACCUGUAAUUUUCCACAAACUAGAACAAUGGGUUUCCCUUCACUUCGCAGAAGCUGUAAAAGCCCUGGAAACAUCGCCACUGGAAUAUGGACUUACACUAAUGGGAGCAUUCUAACCAAUUGAUUGAGGACCUUCCAAUGAUUUGGCAGCAACCAGAGACUUAACAAGCCAUUAGUUUAUUUGAAGGGUUCAUGUUUAGCUAUUCCACCUGGAAGCAGGCAGGGCACACCUUGACUGUUCUGUAGAAGCAAUGCACACAUUGCUCUAUCCAAGGACAAGGGCUAGAUAUGAACCAUGAAAACUUGAUUGUUGGGACAGUAACUGCGGGAGGCUUUCUUAGCCUGGGCUCAAGGCCUGAGAACCAGGAUUGUAGUAGCUAAAAGAUGCAACUAAGUAUAUUAAUCAACGUCAUACAUUCUUUUGUGUAUCUUUUUGCGGUAGCAGUGUGUAAUGCUGAGGGGGGAGAAAUAUAAUAAAAGGAGAAGGUGGAAGGCGGGGGGCAGAACGCCCAUCUCAGCUGACCAGCCUGCUUGCUUGCAUAAAGCUGUGUUCUGUCUCAUCAUUGGACUGCCGCAUUUAUUCCAUCACUGCUAGAAGCCUGAUCCAGUAACUUUGCAGUUACUGUAUGUAUUUCAUUCUUUUAACCAAUUUUAACUCUCACCUCUUUCUUUCAUUUUAUAAAUAAACCUUUAGAUUUUAGAUACUAAAGGAAUGGCAACAGCAUGUUUAUUGGGUAAGAUCUGAGUUCUGUAUUGACCUGGGUGUGUGGCUGGUCCUCUGAGAUCAGAAGAACCCUUUGGUUGAUUAAAUUGGUUUUAAAUAACUACUCAUCAUUAAGUUUAGUGUUUUUGGUGGUGAUACAAGGACUGGAAUACCUAAGGAAACUGCUUUUCUGACUUUUUGUUAGGCAGAGUGGUGAAACAGAAGUUUACGUUUGUUGCUGGUCUGGUAUAUCUUAUGGGAGAAUAACCACCAGUUUUGGGGUGUGUCUGGCCUAUUUCUGAGUUUGUCCUGAAUUUGGUAUUCUCAGUUAUGACUGAGGAACGGUGACAAGUGGCUCUGCGUGCUGCCCCUGCCUGCAGGCACCACCCCUGCAACUCCCAUUGGCCGUAGUUCCGGGCCAAUGGGACCUGUGGAGUCAGCACUCUGGACGGGAGCAGUGCGCAGAGAUCCCUGGCCGUCCCUGCGCCUAAGAGACAGAGGGACUUGCCGGUCACUUACAGGAGUUGCUCAUAGCCAGGGCAGGCAGAGAGCCUGCCUUAGCCCUGCUGCACUGCCCACUGGACUUUUAACGACCUAUUAAAAUUUCACGAAUGGCUUGUAAUAGCCACCGGGAGAUUGAGGCCAAUUCUGGGAGACUCCCGGCCAAUCUGGGAAGGUUAGCAACCCUAGUUGUUACCCAGGCUCUAGAGGUGGUUACUCCUGAAGAUAUCUCCUAACUAAUCCUAACAGAGAGAAGUGCUGUCUCUAGCAAUGCAAAUGUGGAGAAAAUAGAAGUGUUUUGUUGUUCUUGUUGAACUCACCCUCUGUAAUGCUUCCAAUGUGUAUCAAAUGAAAUGAGUGUUUAAUGUGGGACAGCUGCAGAAAGUUUACUCUUUUUGAAUAAACCCCCCACGUCUUGUACCGUAUAGUGAUUCUCAUCCAGACGUUUAUUUAGUUUCUAAUUUAGACUUGUUCCAUCAGAUUAAAGAAAUAAACUGAGCAUGUUUGGGUAAGUCAUUCUUCACUAGCACUUCUGAGAUUUUGGAUGGUUUGGUAAAGGAUUCUUCUCCAGAGAAAUGUAAAUUUGCCCUCAUCAAGACCAAGGAUUUGGCAAGAACUCAGGUAAAAACAGCAGGCACCCAGUAAUUGGUUUUCACCAUAGAGAUGAAAGCUGUUGUGAGCUAUUGUCAUAAAUAUAAAGGGAAGGGUAAACCCCUUUAAAAUCCCUCCUGGCCAGAGGAAAAAUCCUCUCACCUGUAAAGGAUUAAGAAGCUAAAGGUAACCUCGCUGGCACCUGACCAAAAUGACCAAUGAGGAGACAAGAGACUUUCAAAAGCUGGGAGGAGGGAGAAAAACAAAGGGUCUGUGUCUGUCUGUAUGAUGCUUUUGCCGGGGACAGAACAGGAAUGGAGUCUUAGAACUUAGUAAGUAAUCUAGCUAGCUAUGUGUUAGAUUAUGAUUUCUUUAAAUGGCUGAGAAAAUAACUGUGCUGAAUAGAAUGAAUAUUCCUGUCUGUGUGUCUUUUUUGUAACUUAAGGUUUUGCCUAGAGGGAUUCUCUAUGUUUUGACUCUAAUUACCCUGUAAGGUAUUCACCAUCCUGAUUUUACAGAGGUGAUUCUUUUUUUACUUCUAUUAAAAGUCUUCUUGUAAGGAAA